GGGCGGAUGGAAGUGGAAGUCGACGGGGAUGCAUUCGGACACCGCAGUGGUUGUGUUUACAUCCUGUGAUGGACGUUGCUCGCCCGACUUCCGACAGCAGGUGAUAUGUGAACUAUGGCGGACUCCGAAGACAUCACGGACGAUGGUGGCUUGGCUCAGGCCGUGAAUGAGGAGGUAAUUGCCAGCCUCCCUGCUGCUGCUGCCAUUGUUGCUGCGUCUUUAGCAUCUGGCACUCACAGUUCGACUGCUUCACAGGCCACUAUAACUUCCACCAUAUCCAUCUCCUCUUCUGCCAUGAACCCCACUCCACCUCCACCUGAUGGUGAAGAUGUUGGGGAACGAGGACCUGGCGAUGGUCGAGAGGCUGGGCAAGACGAGCUUACCGAAAUUAACAGUGAUGAUGAAAAUGACCAAUUAUCUGCUGCUCACGAAAGUGGGGUUAACUCUGCUGAGCCUCUUUCUGAGCGCUCGCACACUAUUAUGUCGGAUUCCAGUACAGAAAACAAUGGUGGUGGCGGAGGUGGGAGCAGCACUGGGAGUCACGGCUCGACGCUCUUACCCUGGGGUGCCCGCAAAGAGAGAGCUCAGUUUCCUGCCACUGUCCACAUUGACACCGACUUACGACCAGGAGAAUUUGUUAUGCGAACUCUCUUUGCGGAAUAUACUGUAAUGGCAGAGAAGAAGAUUGAAACUGUUAUGCAGGAACCUAUAGAACGUAGCCUAUCCAAGAGUCUGCAGCGUGGAGAAGAUCCUACAUUUGACCAGUUACUGCUUGCCUUUGGUUGUGUUGCUGAGCACUGUUUGCCAUCGCUCCUGCGUACACUUUUUGCUUGGUACGAUCGUCAGGGAGUGGAAUGGGGUUCUACUGACAGCAAGUAUAAGCAAGAUCCCAGUAAAAGCAAGGGGGUAGAUGCAGGCUCAAAUGUGGACAGGGAAACUAUACAGGAACGUCGAGACCUUGCAGUGGAGUUUAUAUUCUGCUUGGUACUAAUUGAAGUUCUGAGGCAACUGGCAGUUCACCCGGGCCAUGAUGAUCUAGUGCGACACAUUGAAGAUAUUGCAUUCAAGCACUUCAAGUACAGAGAAGGUGUUCAGAACAAUCCUAAUGGUGAAAACAUCAACAUUAUUGCUGAUUUAUAUGCUGAAGUUAUUGGGGUUUUGGCUCAGUCACGCUUUCAGUCUGUGCGCCGACGCUUUAUGGCAGAACUAAAGGAGCUACGUGCAAGAGAAGCAUCGUCAGUCACAACACAAAGCAUUACAUCACUCUUGAUGGGAAUGAAAUUCUUCAGAGUCAAGAUGGUCCCUAUUGAAGAGUUUGAAGCAUCAUUCCAAUUUAUGCAAGAAUGUGCACAGUACUUCCUGGAGGUUCGAGACAAAGACAUCAAACAUGCCCUGGCUGGCCUCUUUGUUGAAAUUUUGGUUCCUGUGGCUGCAACUGUGAAAAAUGAGGUGAAUGUUCCCUGUUUGAAAUACUUUGUAGAAAUGCUGUACUCCACAACACUGGAUAUGGCAACAAAGAACAAACACCGCUUGGCCAUAUUUCCCCUUGUGACUUGCUUGUUGUGUGUGUCACAGAAAACAUUUUUCCUUAGCAACUGGCACUACUUCCUCGCCAUGUGUCUUCAGCACCUUAAAAAUCGGGAUCCCAAGAUGUCUCGUGUUGCUCUGGAAUCAUUAUAUCGCUUGUUGUGGGUUUACAUGAUACGCAUUAAAUGUGAGAGUAACUCGGCCACACAUUCCCGCCUGGCCAGUAUCGUCAACUCUCUCUUCCCCAAGGGCUCCAAGGCUGUUGUACCGAGAGAUACCCCACUAAAUAUAUUUGUGAAAAUUAUCCAGUUCAUAGCGCAGGAGCGUCUAGACUUUGCCAUGCGGGAGAUUGUAUUUGACUUGCUGUCCGUUGGACGUCAAAUAAAGAUCAUCAUGACUCCUGAGCGAAUGUCAAUUGGUCUUCGAGCAUUCUUAGUUGUUGCCGAUAGUCUGCAGCAGAAGGAAGGGGAUCCACCGAUGCCUCGAACAGUUGGCGUUCUCCCAUCUGGCAACACACUAAGAGUAAAGAAAACAUUUUUGAAUAAAAUGCUCACAGAGGACACUGCAAGAAAUAUUGGAAUAUCUGCAUACUAUCCUCUUGUUCGCAAAUCUUUCAAUGACAUCCUGAAGGCCCUUGACAGUCAGUUUGGUCGGCCCCUCAUGAUGACAAACACACAAAAUGUCAACAAGGAACCAGACGAGAUGAUCACAGGAGAACGCAAGCCUAAGAUUGACCUGUUCAGAACUUGUGUGGCUGCUGUUCCUAGACUCAUACCAGAUGGGAUGUCUGGCAGGGAUCUAGUCGACAUGCUUGGGCGGCUCACUGUUCACAUGGAUGAAGAACUGAGAGCAUUAGCCUUUCAAAGCCUUCAGAACCUUGUGCUGGAUUUCCCUGAAUGGCGGCAUGAUGUUGUUUAUGGCUUCAUUCAGUUUAUAGUAAAAGAAGUAGGAGACACAUCACCCCAGCUGCUUGAUAACGGAGUGAGGAUGCUGUUGCAGCUGUUGACUGCUUGGAGAAAUGCUCUCUCCAACUCCAAUGCCACCAUUAGUGCCAACAAACGUGACCCUGGUGUUGGAGACCUCCAUCAUCUCCAUCUUCAUCAGAGGGGUGAUCACAGUGAUGUAUUGCGGCUGGCAGAAGGUUUUGGUUUCUAG